AUGUCUGGUGAGUCUGGUCAGCCCGAGGCUGGACCCUCCCACGCUGGCCUCUACUGGCCGCACACCGAAAGAAAUCAGACUGGGGUUCCAAGAGGAGUGAUUCAAAGGGCCGGUAGCCGAAGGUACAAGUCCUGGAUCCAAAAGGUUAUUGAGCAAAUAACCGGAUCCCCUAGACAGUGUGUCGCCCUUAGCGAUGUGGCGCCUGUCACUGUACUGGCCGUCCAAAGAUACCUUUUAGAGGAUGAGCCACAGGACAUGGUGCCCAAGCUUCCCCUUUACUGCUAUGAUGUGACGAUCUCGGACGGGGUGUACCAGGAGAAGUGUUAUUUAGACCCCAGCUUAAACUUUCUCAUUUAUCAGAAUAUUCUAAAAGUUGGCAUAGAAGUGAGAAUUUCCAGAGUUUCGUGUCUUUACAAUGAGAAAAGAUUGGGUCAGGGAAUCCUGUGCAUAGAUAAGGUCCACUGUGGGGAGACCCUAGAUGUCGUUUGUGUAGAAACUCCAUUUAGAAACAGAGCGCAGGAGGAAAAGCCAGAGAGGCCCCUGAGAGGCGGCAGGAGCCACUACAUGGCUCUAUGGAACAACGAGGAUCCCUACGGAGAUAUCUGGAAGACCAACAAGCAUCCUGAGGAAUUCAAUUUUAACAACAUCAAAAUAAUCUCUCUCUCUCAUCUUGAAAUGACCUGGAGUAACAGAAAGGAUUUUCCUGCCUUGCUUGUGAGGAUUCUGUAUAAAUCAAAACUGCGAUACUAUGGGAAACCUAACAGAAGGAUGAUUGAGCCAUAUCAGAACUAUUUGGAAGUUGCUGACAGUUCCGGCGUGGUGUCAGUGAUUAUGUGGAAUUCUGUGUGUCUAGAAUGGUAUAAAAGUUUGAAAGUGGGCUUGAUUCUUCUGCUUCAAGAUUAUUCUGUGAAGAAGAGCCACCCAUUAAGAGUACAGCCUGACCCUGUGGAUCCACAGAUGAAACUAAUUUCUACAAUAGAAAUCUGCCUGAAUUUUCGAGAUCCUCCAACUAAAAUAGCUAUCAUUCCAGAAAGGCAGUUGAAAUCAGAAUGGAAAUUGCCAAAACUAUGUAACCGAUUUAUUACAAGAUCAGAACUAGACACUGUGCCGGAAAAAGCAAUCUGUGAUGUAGUUGGCAUGUUAACUUUUGUGGGAAGGGUGCAACGGAUAAAAAAGAAAGAAAAUGCUGAAGACUUUUGGUCAUAUCGCUGGAUCCACAUUGCUGAUGGAACUUCAGAGCAACCAUUUAUAAUGCAGCUGUUUUCUACAUCUCAGCCAGAAGUCUUUGAAAACAUUUAUCCAAUGACAUGUCUUGUUUGUACUCAGUUGAAAGUUGCUAGAAACAAAAAUCAAGUACCUAAUCUGCUUCACCUCACCACUACAAAUGAGAGCCGCAUUUUUAUUGCUGGUCACAGAGGCCAACCGUAUGCAUAUGAUAGCAAGGUAAAAAAGUGUAUGCAGUGGAUUAAAGCAAAGUCUGAUUCAGAGGUAAAGAACACUGCUUUUGGUGGCUAUUACCCUUAUCCACCAGUUCCAGAGACAUUUCCCAAGUACAGUCGCUUCAUUAGAGCUGAGUUGCUCUUGACAGCUAUAAGUGAAGUGAAGAAGGUGACCGAAGACUUGCAGUACAGGGAGCAGAGGCGCAUUGCAAUUCAGGGGAUAAUCGCUGCUAUAAAGUACAUCCCCCACAACCACUCAGCUGAGAGUGCCCCAGCAUCAGAAGCACUUCAGAAUGACAAUCGGCCCUCAACUUCUCAGGCGGUUAGAAGAGAAGGUCAUCAUUAUGGAAGAGGUAGCAAAAGACCUCGGGAUGACAGGUCAGAGGGCUCUCAGCAUUCUCAGUCUUCACCUACAGUUUCGAGUGCCGGCGCAAAAAGAAAACUUAUUCAAGGCCCAAGUGCUAAUCCAUAAGUCAUUGGCUAUAUGGUUCCUGUACCUCAGCCACAUUCUUCUGCACAAGCUAAAAGAAGCAAACACUACAUACCCUUAUACCAAAGUUCAAGUGCUGGUUCCAGAGGGAAGUCCAGAAGAGUAGCAAGUGACAGAUGGGAGAGUCAGCUGUGGAGAGACAAGAAGAGCAGCUUGAGAGACCACCUAUACUACAGUCGUGUUUAUCCUGAAAGUAUUCCACGGAAAUUCAUUUUGGAGCAUGGGAAGUUUCUCGCCCAGCAGUAUAAUACUCAACCUGCAAAGUAUGUACCCCCAGAAGGAAACUCCCCCAAACUCAGUGAAUUUCCGAGUGCUCGAAGCCUUGGCCAUUUUGAAGUAACCAUCCUAGGUUUGAACCAUGAGAUUGCGAUUGAUGUUGCGUUCCUACCUAUGUAUUCUCCAGAGGAUGUGCGGACAUCUCAAAUAGACACCUUCUUGACCUGCAUGAAUUACAGCUGUGUGUACUCACCAGAAGCACCUGGCCAUGAACAUCUGCCAGGUCCCAAGGCAGUUGCAGGUGAUAUUGUAAAAGAAGCAGCUGAACUGGAUAGAGUCCACGUCAUCUGUGUCUUGGAUAUCUGUAAUUUGGGUAACAAUAAAGUGGAGGUCUUUCUGCAUAAAAUUUAUACUCCAGAAUAG